GGCUUUUAUCAGGCAUUUUCUCUCGUCUUCUUGAGUGAAAUUGGUGACAAAACAUUCUUCGUUGCCGGUCUCUUGGCCGCGCAAACAUCGCGCUUCAUUUCGUUCGUGGGUUCCAUGGGCGCCCUCGCUACCAUGACGGUUAUUUCCGUACUCAUUGGACAGAUAUUUCACAAAGUCCCGGCCGGUUUGGCCGACGGUAUCCCCUUGGACGAUAUUGCCGCCGUCAUUGCCUUUGCAUUUUUUGGUAUCAAAACACUCAUGGAAGCCUUCGCCAACACGGAGGAAUCCGCCAUGAACGAGGAACUCGAAGAAGCUAAGGAAGAAGUGGACAAGACCUCGUCAAGUCUCGCCGACAAGACGGCGCUCGGCACCAUUGCCAGUAUCUUUGCGCUCGUCUUUGCUGCCGAAUUCGGGGAUCGUAGUUUCCUGUCGACCAUUGCCCUCAGUGCCGCACAGAAUCCCGUCAGCGUGGCGGGAGGAGCGAUUGCCGCGCACGCGGCCGCCACCGGGGUGGCGGUUUCGGGAGGAGCCGUACUGGCCAAAUACAUUUCCGAACGCGCCUUGGGUAUCAUUAGCGGCACACUCUUUUUGGUAUUCGCUGUCACGACGGCGUUUGGAAUCUUUUAA